AUGACCGAAUCAGUCGGUCGAGUCCACUUCAAUCUAAGCAUAGGCGACACCGGAGAACAACCCAGGAGUGUCAUCCUCGAACAAGAUCAGCCAUGGCGAGAAAUGUGGAUCGAGGACGGAGAGCUGUCAGAUGACCCUUGCCACAAGGACGAAAAGGGCCACCUGGAAUUUCAUAUGAGGAAUGUAUACGAUGACGGGAGUCUGUCGGCCCGUCAUCAGUGUAUACAUAUCUAUUUCGAUUUGCCAUACCUCACGGCCGUGGAGUUCACGGCGAUGGUGAUGGUCUCCGAGUCUAUGGAGUACGUUGUAUUAUUUGCUGGAGCUCCGACUGUCCCAGGCGGGGUCCGGUCCGAUCCGGGCCUUUUAUGGAUGAAUGUUCAAGUUGAUGAUAGCUCAACACAGACAAACGAGGCGCCAACUAAGAGGGACAACCGCGGUUUUGAUACUGGGAUUGAAGGCUUCAACUAUUUAUUCCACCGGUACUCCGUCCGUACCCUUCUCGAAGGAACGAGGGCACACCUCCCUUCAGAGUUGCGUUUGGGCGGGUGGGGCAUGGCCUGCCUGGUGGACACUGCGGUGAUGACAAAAUCUGCACUGUCGAUUCUUGCACUAACGUCUCUCACAGGCCAACCCAGCCCUCUACCUGGCUGGAGUGUCUUCUCCUGUGUUGAGGUGAAGACGCCAGUACACCACUACCUCGCUGGCCUUCUCUCAUUCUCCCACUCCCACUUCCACCGCACCUUGUUGUUAUAUGCUUCAUUCGUCAUUGUUGUGCCAGCAGUGCCAGCAAAAGGUGCAGCCAAAGAUGCAGCAAUAGUACCUGUCGCCCACUCGCACGUCGACAGUCGACUUGCCAUUUCUCCUCCUCUCUUCAUCGAACUGUCCUGUCGUCACAAUGUUCGUUUCCAUCGUCUAAACCAGAGCGACUCGUCGAAGUCUGCUUGGAAAGUAGCACUGCCUUGCAAAGCAACAACACAGCCCGGCCUAGCAUCACCAUCAUCCCUGGCCAACCCCGGAAUCUCCGCCACGACCAAAAAUAAUUUCUCCACGUUACCGGAUCAGAUCGGAUCGGAACAUAUCCAGCAAUCACACACGCACUUUCCUCCUGUCACCUCCACUAUCACUCCCCAGCACUCCCCAGCACUCCCCGCCACUUCUUGGCAGCUACACGGCAAUACUCGGGAUUGGACGGAGCAGUCGCGUUUCCCGUUCCACACCUCCCUCUCCCCUUUUCCCUUUUCCCCUUUCGCUCUUCGCCACCCUGACCCGGAAGAGUCAGACAGACCAACCAGCCCCCAAGCCCCAAGGCGCCCGGCCCCCCAACCCAAGCUCCGACCUAGUCACGUCAACGUUUUCAUCUUUGCCUCCGACCUCGCCUCCCAACCGAAGAACGAAGAACGAGGAACACGUACUUUACGCGGCGAGGACACAAAGAAGAAGAGUCACACUCCCCUUCGACUCACCUUCUCGAUUAAAUCGUUCCGGUCCAUACCUAUUCUCCAAAUCUCCAGACCACAACUUGCGAUCUCGGUUGCCAAACUCGUCCGCAUCCAAGUCUUCGCCGUCGGUCGUCUCCUUAUCACCACGUCACACCACACCACCUAA